ACUCAGGCGCCAUUGGGGCCGCCCGCCGGCGGGGGCCUUCGCGGCCCGUAUCCCGGCAGGCAGCGGGGGGGGUUCUCCCUUUCGCCGCCAUCUUGGUGCGCAGCCAUAGGGGCCUGCCGGGACCAGGGCUGUAGGAGGACACCAUGAGCGGGAGGUUGUGGUCCAAGGCCAUUUUUGCUGGCUACAAACGUGGCCUCCGAAACCAGCGAGAGCACACCGCCCUUCUGAAAAUUGAAGGUGUCUAUGCUCGCCAGGAGACAGAGUUCUACUUGGGCAAGAGGUGUGCCUAUGUAUACAAAGCAAAAAACAACACUGCAACCCCUGGUGGCAAGCCCAACAGGACACGAGUGAUCUGGGGGAAGGUAACCCGUGCCCAUGGGAACAGCGGCAUGGUUCGUGCCAAGUUCCGUUCCAACCUCCCUGCCAAGGCCAUUGGACACAGAAUCCGAGUGAUGCUGUAUCCAUCUAGGAUCUAAAUUUUUAUUGGAAAUAAAAUGCAGAGUCUGUUUCA